AUGGAGAAUCAUUCACGCUUCAAAAAUCGACAGCAGUGCGCUAAAUGGCAAGAGGACCUCCGCUGUCUAGAAGAGAGACUGGAAAUCGAACAGGCUCAGCUUCACGAGGAUCGACAAAAGCAUGACUCGGAUCAGAGCAGGCUGACUGCUCGCAUUCACAAGAGUCAGCGCCGCGAAGAAGAACUGAAGGUGUGGGAGCAGAACUUGGAAGCGUGGACGGUGGAGAGAGAGAAGCAACAGGAAGGACUCCGCCAGCAGAAGGUCGCGAUAAGCGAGGAGAAGGACUUGUUAGGCCACGAGAGCGAGUUCCUCCGUCAGCAGGAUUCCAAGCAACAGCAACGAGAGGAGGACCUCUAUCGUCGGGCAGCGGACGUCGAGGCGAUGGACCGCGCCGCAAGAGAUAAUGCGGAGCGGGUGAAUGAGAUCCGGCGGGAUGUCGAGCGCCGUAUGAUCGAGCUGCAGGAGCUCGAGGUGGAGCUGGACGGGCGUGCGGUGGCUUGCGAACGUCGAGAAGCGAAGGUGGAGCGGGACGAACGGGAGGCUCGAUUUCGAGGUAGAGGAGGCGGCAGCAGCAUCACGGAGGAGUACGAAGAGGACGAGGAGUUUCAAGGUCGAGGAAAGGGAAGAAGAAGCUCCGUCGGUUGUUGUUGGCCGCCGUCAAGCUCCUCCUCGGCAAGUCGGGAAGCACCAGCCUCUGACGAUGAGGCAGGCUUGACUACUGCUCACCGGCGAGACGUUCUGGGGACGGAGAAAGAAGAGGAGCAUGGAGAGUAUCAGGAGGCGAUGGAGCAUCCUCCUUACCCGGUCGACGACGCCUUUCAUAUUGCGUCCAAGAGCCCAGGACGACUCGGCGAAGUGAGCGACUCACUGCAUCGACCACUAACUCCUUUGCCCGAGACGGACAUUUGCGAAAUCGAUGCAUCAACCGAUGACGACCCAACCCUCUUCAUGACCGCCGGGCAGCUCUUGCCAAUCCUCCACCGGGUGUUGCUCCCCCAACGCCAACCCCGCCGCGAUGGUGUUCUCUCGGCUAUGCGUCAUUGCGCGGAGCAACACUCCCAACUUCGCCCCGUGGGUAUCGACUGGCCGGCUUUGCCCAACACGCUCCCUGAUAUGCCGGCGAUCCGGGCGGAAGUCUUCGACGUUUUACACGUCGACGUGGAGACGGACGAAGCGUUCCAAACGUGGCAGGAUGAGCUGAUCCGCGCGGAUCAAGAGGACGCGGUGACUGAAGGCCGGCUUCUGGCGCUGUUUGAGCAGACGUGUAAGGCUGGUUUGACUUCAGCUUGA